AAUCUACUUAAUAUUUGUCUGUUUGGAAGGAAUAGCAAGUUGUACCUUGUAGAUUUGCAGUUUCAUGUUCAAUCAUCUUUUUCAUUGUACUAUGUUAUAGAUAUGCUUGUUUAUAAAUUAAAGACAAAACAGAAUAUGUCAAUUUAAUGUAAUAUUAACCUUCCAAGUUAGGUGAUACUGUUAUCCCCACUUAAGAGGUGAGGAAACUAAGGCAAACAAAGUUUUAAUUGAGUUACCAAAGGGUAUACAGUUAGUAAUUGUCCGAGGCUUAAUUUAAACUCAGGUAUACAAUGUCUAUCUGUACUGUACUAUCAGCUCCCUUAAAUUUUUAGAUAAUUUCUAGAUAAUGCAUAAUGGAAAUUACAGGAUUUGUCUGCUAUAGAGAAGGGUGGCAAGACUAAGGUCCCUACUGAUCAGGCUCAAGGCUUCUCAGGCCCAAUAAUUCUUUUUACCCAGCUUAAAAGUUUCUGCCAGAAUGGAGCUUAAAAGGAGAGGAGGGGGAAAGAGCAUUUGGCUCUUUCUAAGAACAAGUGGUACAACAGCAGAAUGGGGCACAUCCUAUUUGGAGUUCCUUGUUUGACAAGCACUAAUGGAUGACUAUAGACUGAUAUGGGUGAACCUAAAGGGAUGAAUCUCAAAAUGGAGGCAGCUCUGGAUCUUCACUCUUUCUCUCAGGAGAACUAAAUGACAAAAUUCUCUCCAUCUUCUUCCUUAACUGAUUUCCUUCUCCAGGACUUCUAGUCCCCAGAGAAUAUGUGAUCUCUUACUUUAAUCAAAGAAAAUCACAAUGGUUGCUGGACCAAGAAGGCCUGAGGAGCUGCUUCCAGAAAGAGAAAAAAGAUUUGAAAUGAAGGAAAGUACUCCAGAGCUAAGUCUUUCUGUAGUAGAAACUCACAAGCAAAGCAUAAUCAGUGAUAGUCCUGGUAACUUCACUUGGAAAGAUAUCUGUGAUAUACUUGAGAAAAUCCACAGUAGAGAGAAACCUUAUGAGCAUAAUCAAAAUGGAAAAUUUUCACAAAAAGAUGGGCUCUUAAUGGACAUAAGAGAAUCCACAUACCUCUUGAAUGUAACCAAUAUGGAAAGACUUUCAAAUAUAAAAAUAGUUUUCCUCUUCAUCAUAAAAUCCACAUUGGAGAGAAACAUAAUGAAUGUAACCAAUGUGGAAAGAUGUUUAGUUAUAAAGGAACUCUUAGUGUACAUCAGAGAAUCCACACAGGAGAGAAACCUUAUGAAUGUAACCAGUGUGGAAAGGCUUUUAUAGAAAGUGGAACUCUUAAUAGACAUCAGAGAAUCCAUACAGGAGAGAAGCCUUAUGAAUGUAAUCAAUGUGGAAAGGCUUUUACAAAAAAGGAAUCUCUUACUGCACAUCAGAGAAUCCACACUAGAGAGAAACCUUAUGAUUGUAACCAGUGUGGAAAAGCUUUUACAGAAAGGAAAUCUCUUACUGGACAUCAGAGAAUCUACACUGGAGAGAAACCUUAUGAAUGUAGCCAGUGUGGAAAAGCUUUUACUAAAAAAGCAUAUCUUACUGUACAUCAGAGAAACCACACUGGAGAGAAACCUUAUGAAUGUAAACAGUGUGGGAAGAUUUUUAGUCGUAAAGGAACUCUUACUGUACAUCAGAGAAUCCACACAGGAGAGAAACCUUAUGAAUGUAACCAGUGUGGAAAGGCUUUUAUAGAAAGUGGAACUCUUAAUAGACAUCAGAGAAUCCAUACAGGAGAGAAACCUUAUGAAUGUAAUCAAUGUGGAAAGGCUUUUACAAAAAAGGAAUCUCUUACUGCACAUCAGAGAAUCCACACUAGAGAGAAACCUUAUGAUUGUAACCAGUGUGGAAAAGCUUUUACAGAAAGGAAAUCUCUUACUGGACAUCAGAGAAUCCACACUGGAGAGAAACCUUACGAAUGUAACCAAUGUGGAAAGUCUUUCACAAAAAAGGAAUCUCUUAUUAUACAUGAGAGAAACCACACUGGAGAAAAACCUUAUACAUGUAAUCAGUGUGGAAAGGCUUUUACAGAAAGUGGCACUCUUACUGUACACCAGAGAAUCCACACUGGAGAGAAACCUUAUGAGUGUAAUCAAUGUGGAAAAGCUUUUACAGAAAGUGGAGGUCUUAAUAGACAUCAGAGAAUCCAUACAGGAGAGAAACCUUAUAAAUGUAACCAAUGUGGAAAGACUUUUACAAAAAGGGAAGCUCUUAGUGUACAUCAGAGAAUCCACACUGGAGAGAAACCUUAUGAAUGUAAACAGUGUGGGAAGAUUUUUCAUCGUAAAGGAACUCUUACUGUACAUCAGAGAAUCCACACAGGAGAGAAACCUUAUGAAUGUAACCAGUGUGGAAAGGCUUUUCGUUAUAAAAGAUCUCUUACUAGACAUCAGAGAAACCUUAAAGGAGAAAAACCUUAUAAAUGUAACCAAUAUAGAAAGGCUUUUAAUAUUAAAAAUAGGACUGGUUCUUGCCAGAUCUAUGAAGAAAGGUAAAAGCAUUAAAAUAAGGAGGAAAAUGAUUUGGGUAGAGAACAAUGGGACAAGAGGUACUAGUGCUGAUGCCUUCCAUACUUAGCCUUUUUUAGCUAAAAUGCUAUAUGGAGGAGGAAGGAAAAGAUGACUAGGGAUAACAGACAGCUUCUUAGGCAUAUUGGAUCCUUUUCCACCUAGUCACCUCCUUCCAAGGCAGCAAGGUAUAAUGGAAGAUCCCUACAUUUGGACUCAGAAGACAUGGGUUGAAAUUCUAGUACUGCUGUGGUCUUGAGAAAAUAAUUUAACUUAACUGGGUCUUAGUGCAUUUAGGUUAGAUUAGGGUUUCUUCUGGUUCUAAAUCCUUUGAUCCUCUGGACCUGAGAAACCAAAAAGCAGUUUAAAAAUGAACUCUACCAUUCUGUGGAAUUGUCUUGGAUCAUUGUGUUGAUCAGAGUAGCUAACUUUUUUACAUUAGUCAUCCUUAUAAUUGCUGUUACUAUGUACACUGUUCUGAUUCUGUUCACUUCACUUUGUGGCAGUUCAUUUGGGUUUUCCCAGG